UGAAACGGCGGCGAAUUAAUCUCAUGGCACGAUGACAGCCAGGCUAAACCCCUGCCGUUUAUUCAAAUCGUAAUUCUAAAAGAUAUCCAAAGCAUCCGGCCCAUGGCUAAUCAGCCGACUACUACUAGAGAUGAGGGACAGCGCGCAGGCAAUCACUGCGGCGACGGCGACGACCAUAUAUAUCCCCAGGGAGCAACCCAGCCGGCGGCCGCAAAAACAAACCGCCUCCUCUGCCUCUUUCACACAGAGCAAGCACUAGAGCAGUGACUGCACGCACCCGUUGGGUCGGCGGCAUGGCCAUCCCGCUCCAGGGGAAGGACGGGAAGGGCGGUGGCCAGGUGGGGAGCGACGACCAUCCGUCGGCGACCGCGGAGCUGCGCGCGCUGUGGGGCAUGGCGGCGCCGAUCACGGCGCUCAACUGCGUGGUGUACCUGCGGGCCAUGGUGUCCGUGCUCUGCCUCGGCCGGCUGGGCCCGCUGGACCUCGCCGGCGGCGCGCUCGCCAUCGGGCUCACCAACAUCACGGGCCACAGCGUGCUGUUCGGCCUCGCCUCCGGGCUCGAGCCGCUCUGCGCGCAGGCCUUCGGGUCCCGCAACCACGACCUCCUCACCCUCUCCCUCCAGCGCGCCAUGCUGCUGCUCUUCCUCGCCGCGCUCCCCAUCGCGCUGCUCUGGCUCAACGUCGGCCCCAUCCUCGUCGCGCUGGGGCAGGACCCCGCCAUCUCCGCCCCCGCCGCCGCCUACGCGCGCUUCGCCCUCCCGGACCUCGCCGCCAGCGUCGUGCUCCAGCCGCUACGGGUGUACCUCCGCUCCCAGGGGAUCACCAGGCCCAUGGCGGCAUGCUCCGCGAUCGCCGUCGCGCUCCACGUCCCGCUCAACGUCCUCCUCGUCUUCGGCCUCGGCUUCGGCGUCCGCGGCGUCGCCGCCGCGCAGGCGCUCACCAACACCAACAUGCUGCUCUUCCUGCUCGCAUACAUACGGUGGGCGCGCGCGUGCGACGACACGUGGAGGGGGUGGGCGCGCAUCACGGCCGUCGCCAGCGGCCUGCCCGAGCUCGCCAGGCUCGCCGUGCCAAGCUGCGUCGGCGUCUGCCUCGAGUGGUGGUGGUACGAGGUCGUCACCGUGCUCGCCGGGUACCUGCCCAACCCGGCCGCCGCCGUCGGCGGCGCCGGGGUGCUCAUCCAGACCACCAGCCUCAUGUACACCGUGCCCAUGGCGCUCGCGGCCUGCGUCUCCACCAGGGUGGGCAACGAGCUGGGCGCCGGGAAGCCCCGGCGUGCGCGGAUGGCGGCGAUGGUGGCGCUGGCGUGCGCGCUGGCGAUCGGCGCGGUGCACGUGGCGUGGACGGCGGCGCUGAGCCGGCAGUGGGUGGAGCUGUUCACGACGGAGCCGGCGGUGGUGCGGCUAGCGGCGGCGGCGAUGCCCAUCGUGGGGCUGUGCGAGCUGGGCAACUGCCCGCAGACCACGGGCUGCGGCGUGCUCCGCGGCACGGCGCGCCCCGCCGUCGGCGCACGCAUCAACCUCCUCUCCUUCUACCUCGUCGGCACCCCCGUCGCCGUGUACCUGGCGUUCGGCGCCGGGGCCGGGUUCAGCGGCCUUUGGUACGGCCUCCUCUCGGCGCAGGCCACGUGCGUCGCGCUCAUCCUCGCCGCCGUCGUCUGGCGCACCGACUGGCAGGUCGAGGCCAUGCGCGCCAAGAAGCUCGCCGGCCUGGAGCUCGCGCCGACCACGACGGCGGCAACCACAACAAACGACGCGGAGAGCAAGCGCCUCGUCGCCGCCAACGGCGAGCCGGCGGAGGACGUCUAGAAGCGUAGCGUAGGCCGUAGCACACUGUACGUCACCUGCGCGAGUCGGUGACCACGACACGAUCGUCGUCGGAGUCCAUGGACGGAAGCAGGCAACGGAUCACACAGUUGAUUGGCCUUUUACUGCUACUAUACUAGUAGUAGCUUUUGUGUUGGUGUGCGGCGGCGGCGGCGGCAGCAGCUCGUGCUGGCAUGCAUCCAGGGUUCAGGAUAGCUGGAGCGUAUUGAAUUGCUACGGGGUGGUGGUGGCUGUCGCGGCUCGCCACUAGCGCCCGCAAGUGGGUUCUAGCAGCGAAGCAAGUGGUGGCCGCCAUGUUGCCUCGAGCUGGUUCGCUGCUGCACGGAUUGGAAAAUGACCUGGGGGCGAGCUGCAUCAGGAUGCUACUGCGCAUGAGAUGGCGAUCGCCGGGUGAUGGUGCUGUGCAGGGCCAGAGAAGGAGAAACCAGAUGCCAUCGCCGAGCGAGUGAUGGAUCAGCGUCUCGUAAUCGGCCCUGUUGGAUCGAUUGGCUUUGCGCAAAGCCGCUUUCUGAUAUUCCCCUUUUGGGAGGACAGCAUCCCUGCCUGUCGCCAUCGCCUUUCUCGAGGGCUUUGGUUUCGUUUCAGAGCUUCAUUGUCGUCGGCGGCGUGUCCUGGCUCGCAAAGAUCGCGGCGGCAUGCGAGCCCAGGAGAGCAAGAGGGGCUCGGUCGCCCAGGUGGCAUCACGCUCCUCCCGAUCAUUUGCGUGUGCGUCCUCGUCAGAUGGAUGGAUGGAUCCGCUGGUUGCCGACCCGCCGACCACGACCAGUGCUAGAGCUAGCUAGCUAGAUAUUUGGAUCGGCCGCCACAUGCGUCGCCGUCCUCGUCACCGGACCGCUGCUGCUUGCGCCCUGUUUAGAUAAUUUUCCAGUGUUUUUCUUUCAAUGAAUAGUCAAUAUUUUGCCUUCGAUUCUUCAGUUUUGGCAUUGAUGGCAUGGUCUACAUGUAUUUACUUGAAAUUUUGUGUGGGGUUUUUAGAUGUAUUGAAUAUUUGAAGCUUAUUGUUUAUUAUAAAGAUAACUUUAGAAGAUGUGA